CAUAACAAUCCUCAAGUUAAUAAACGGUUCAGACAGCUCGUCCCAGAGCCGAGAGUCCUAAAAUAUGAAUACCACGAAAUCACCCCGCAAACCCAAUUCUAUCCUCGCUUAUUGGCCCGUUGACUAAGGAGAUGGACAUCUGUGCAGCUGCGGAGCGACAAACUUAUUUGGGCUUUGACGUCAGGUAGGAGGACCAUAACUCCCCUCAUCAUCCCCCCUCAUCCCCCCCGCCGGUCCGGAGGAGCAUUGCGCCUGCUGAGGUGCGCACUCGCGGCGCGCCGCUCGGCCCGCCCGGACACUGCAGUCAGCGGAGGUUACACCGUCCCGUCGCUCCAACCGACACCGACGCCCCGCUGCUGACUUCGGGGAGGAGAGGAGAGGGGACGAGGGGGAGGAGGGGAGGAGGAACCGGGGAAAGCGCCGAAAGCCAUGGCCGAGUCCAACCCGCUACGGGGGUUUCCCCGUCUGCGCCGGGCCGCGACUUCAUUUCCAGGGAAUCUGCACUUGGUGUUGGUGCUCCGCCCCACCGGCUUGUUUAGCUCGGCCCCCAGUCCGUCUUCCAGCACUGACCUGGGCUUCCGCUUCAGCCAGGAUGACUUCCUGUUGAAGAUGCCGGUGGUGAUGCUGCGUUCAGUCGGUGACCUGCUGCGAUACAUCGAUGAAAACCACCUGACAACAGACUUCACGGCCAAAGUGGAAUACUGCCAGAGUGACUGGGUCGUCCUCCGAACGGCCAUCGAGACCUUCGCAGUGACGGUGAAGGAGAUGGCCCAGCUGCUGCCAGCCCUUGGAUCGGAGUUUUUGAGACGGAAUCCCGGAGGAAGCCAAGCCCUCGAGUCCCUUCUGCACUCCCACACGCACCGAUACGGACAGAGGAAGGACGACAUCCGGAGCGUGCAGAAAGAAGGGAGGCUGCUGCUUGUGAACCUGGAGACUGUUAAGGCCUCUAAGAGAGACGCAGAGGAGGAGAGGGACCUGAAAUCAGACAUGGACACUGUUCAAAGACUCCUCGCCCAGCUCAGAGACAUGGAGGAGGCGUUCGAUGGCUUCUUUGAAAAACACCACCUGAAGAUGCAGCAGUACCUCCAGCUGCUGCACUACGAAAUGAGCUUUCAGCAGAUGGAGGAGGUACUGGAGAGAAUCGGUAAACAGGAGAUAGACAUUGCCUCCGUGGGGACCACGGUGGUUCAGACUUCACAGCUGCUGACGGACCUGGAGAUGCUGGACACACACGCUCAGGAGGAGAUGGCCCGUGCCCAGGUGGUGAUCCUGCACGGCCACCAGUUGGCCGCCAGCCACCAUUACGCCCUGGCGCUCAUCGUCCAGCGCUGCAACGAGCUGCGACAUCACUGUGACAUCAUCACUGCCGCCAUACGCACCAAGCGGGCCUCGCUUACCCGAGCGCGAGACCUGCUGCUCCGACUUGAAGGGGCCCUUCGGUGGUGUGACGACGGCGCCUAUCUCCUGGCCAGCCAGAUGGUCGACAAGUUCCAAACCAGGGAAGGUGCCCAGGAGGCACUGCAGUACCUGAGCUGCCACCAGGAGAGGGCGCCAUCUGCACUGAAAAACAGCCAGGACAUUCUAAGCCUGGAGUUUGAGGGCAUACUCACCCCGCAGCUGCAGUCCCAAAUCGCCACGGUGACAGAGAAGCUGAGCGCCGUGCAGUCGAUGAUCAGAAACCGGGAGCAGUGUCGGAGGAAGCUGGCGGACGUACAAGUCAGACCGAUUCAGCUGGUGGCCCCGAGGCCUGAACCCGACCAGGCCUCGCAGCGCUGCAAGUCACCCCUCUUCUCCCCCAAACAUGGCGUAGACUUCAACGUUCUGAACUCCAAGUUCUCCUUUGACUUGCUACCCGGCAAAAGAGCCGCGAGGAGGAACAACAACCAACGCAAGAUCGAGGUUAUGCAUGACUUCCAAGGCAACCGCAGCUGCCUGUAUGGCUCCACCACGGAAACCGAUUCAGAGGCAGAAGACAAUCCAGAACAGGUCUCACGUCACAUCAUGAAGGAGCUGAUAGCUACAGAGAGGAUCUACGUGGACGAGCUGCUCUCUGUCCUUCUGGGCUACAGGGCAGAAAUGGAAGACCCAUCCGUAUCUAAUCUUCUUCCUUCAGCUCUACGCAGUCAAAAGGACGUUCUCUUUGGCAACAUGCCAGAGAUUUACCAGUUCCACAGCAGGAUCUUCCUCCAAGAUUUGCAGGGUUGCCUGGAGACACCAGAGAGGGCGGGGACUUGCUUCCUGCAACGGAAAGUGAAGUUCCAGGUGUAUGAGCGCUACUGCCAGAACAAGCCCUGUUCUGAGUUGCUAUGGAGACAGUGCUCCGACUCACCCUUCUUUAAGGAGUGCCAGAAGAAGCUGGACCACAAGCUAGGUCUGGACUCUUACCUCCUAAAACCAGUCCAACGACUCACCAAGUACCAACUGCUCCUCAAGGAGCUGUUGAAGCACUGUACGGAGGAGCGAUACCGCUGUGAACUGCAGCAGGCUCUGGACUCCAUGCUCGAGCUGCUGAAGUCUGUCAACGACUCCAUGCAUCAGAUAGCCAUCACCGGAUACCAGGGGGACCUAAGCCAGCUGGGCCGAGUGGUGAUGCAGGGAGGCUUCAGCGUGUGGAUCAGCCACAAGAGGGCGGCGGUGCGCAUGAAGGAGCUGGCCAGGUUCAAACCCAUGCAGAGGCAUCUCUUCCUCUACGACCUCGCUCUGCUCUUCUGCAAGCGCAGAGACGAAGACACUCACGAGAGGACCCCCUUCUACAGCUUCAAAUCCUGCCUCCGAAUGAGUGCAGUGGGAAUCACAGAAAAUGUGAAAGGAGAUGUGAAGAAAUUUGAGAUCUGGUACAGUGGCAGAGAAGUAGUGUACAUAGUUCAGGCUUCCACUCUGGAGGUAAAAGUUGCCUGGCUGACAGAGAUUCGAAGAAUCCUCACCAACCAGCAGAAACUGUGUCAAGAUGAGGCUCCUUCUCUUCCACUUUCAGACAACCCACUCUCUGACAGCUCCUCGACAACAAGUUACAGGCGGCGAGGGGAGGAGUCAACAGACCACAGCCCCGCCCACACCGAGCCCAUAGUGCACUCACCUCGACGCACCUGGCCGGUUCCUGCCCACUCGGUGGCCAUCUGUGAGGGUCUGGAGGACUGGGGUGCAGCUACGGACCUCUCGAACUUAUCGGACUCGGACGAAGAGGAUCAGCCAGCCCCCCUGGUGGCGGGCAGGUACAGGGUCAUGGUAGAGAGCAGCAUGGCCAGCACUGAUGACAUCAUCUUUAACUGCGGCGAUGUCAUCCAGCUGCUGAACGAGGAAGUGUCGGGAAUGUGGGUGGUAAGAAAUGUGAGUCGUGGGGAAGAAGGUCGUGUUCUACCUGAGGACCUGCACAGGAUUCUGGGAGAGACCUGCUGAGAGCCAAUCAGAACAGUAGAUAGAUGACACACAGUCUGAUCAGAAAGGGAGUCGUGACACUGCAGAGAUCAGACCAUCAGAUUGAAGCACAUCAGCCGCACAUUUUACUCUGCCAACUACUGUGAUAUUUUCACCCACAGAAGGCUGUAAAAUCCAGAAUGGACCUCUGAGCCUGUGUAAAUGCAAAGCACCUAUCUGGGACCUUGUUUUCCAGCUGUAGAUUAUGUGGAAAUGGGGUUUUACUGGGAAAUGUUGAACUUUUAUCGGACAAGUUUUAUCAUUUCUAUUUUCUUAUGAAAUGUGACUGAAAUCAUGCACAUUAGCAUAUCAUGGAUGUUCAUGUGCCAAAAAGCUGAGCUAAUUACUGUGGCUUCUUUUUUGCAUAAAACAGACAGUAAUGGAAAUAGCUUUACUUUGUGGAGUUGUUUUCAAUCAUUUCAAAUCAUUUUUACAGCAGCCAGCUACGUCAUUAUGCAUGUCACCAAUCGCCAUGGUUACUCCGACUCAUACAGGCAACAGCAGACAUUUACCAAUCAUUGAUGAAUGUACGUGACAGGAUCAAGAACUAAGGACUGAAGAAAUGUUCAGCUUAUGUGGUGUUGGUGAGGGGAGUGUAUGUGAAAAUGUAAUUGCUAAACCUCUAUAGAUAAUCUUGCCUUACCAUAGGUUGAAUUACUAGCAUUUGAGAAAGGCUAUAUUCUAUUUAGCCUGGUUGUGGUGCACGAUGCCUCAGUGGGAGCAGAGCUUCCAUUAAUAUUCAUUAUUCAUUUUUAGUUCCACCAGUUCUUCUCCUUAUAUCACAAGAGAGGCGUUUCCUGUGAUGAAAGGUGUAUUGACGCAGCACUCUGUCAGUGUGCUAGCUGAGGAAAGUACUGCAGUGCUUAUGCAGGAUAAACAUUGGCUUCGUUGUUGCUUGUUGAUUCAGUGGUUUACGGUCAGCUGUCACACACAAAUAGCGAUACUACAACAGUGAGUACAACUUUUCAUGAGUUGUCUUUUGCUGAGGCUGAUAAUCUUAUUUGUGUCCACAUUCUUCCUCCAAUUUGUCUUCCAUCAAAUGAAUGUCGUUCUCUGCUGCAGCGGUCAUCGCCAUGGAGAUGAGGCUUUGUGUGUCUUCUUGUUUGCUGCUUUGUGUAAUCUCUGCACAUACCCGCUGCUUUAUUUCUGUCUGGAUUGCUAGUUAGCGAGUUAUGCUCAGUGUUAUAGUAGUGACAAUAAUAGAUUAGUAUUGAAUUAUAGGUGCCUGCUGAACUAUUACGGUUACACUGGAUUACUACAUGUUCAGGGAUUUUGAAUUUACAAGAAAAAAACCCGUUUACCUCCUUUAAAACUGUCUGGGCAGAUUUUCUUUACACUAACAGUUGAGCAGCUUUCAAAGUGUGGACAGAGGCUAUGAAAUGACUUUUAUUUGUAUGUGCUUGAGCACAAUCUCUGAGAAAAAUACAGUAUAUCAUUUACUUAACUCUGGACAUAUAAAUGAUUAAAAAAAAAAUAUAUAUAUAUAUAUAUAUAUAUAUAUAUAUAUAUAUAUAUAUAUAUAUUGUAAAUGGUGAAACUCAGAUGAUGGUGCACCUCUGAAUGCUGUUGGUGACACUAAACUAUACAUUAACUGUAACCCAGAAUACACUUUUUCACCCAGAGUGAAACACAGGAUAUAAUGUAACAUCAGAUGUGCUAAUAAUGGUCAGGCUUCAAUAGGUGUUUUCCACAGUACCUGUACUUGGUGAUUGCUAAUUUUGCUCAUUUUUUAUAUUUUGAAUCGUGUGAAUCAUGUAUUAUAUUGCCCAUUUUCCUAAAUAUAAUCACAGGAUUAUUCAAUUUGA